AUGACUUAUAUUAGGGGGAAGAAUUUGUACAUCCUAAGUCUCUUAAGUAAAACAUAGUGCCUGAAGUUUGUUUUGACAAAUAAUUUUUCUGUGAAUAAAAAUAAAUAAAUUCGUAAAGAUGAAUUUUGAAAUCCUGGAUUUACUUGAAGAUGAUGUUGAAGUUCUCGAAAUUUUAGAAGUAGGAGUGCCACGCCAAAUAUAUGAGAGAAAAGAAUAUUUCUAUUCUUUUGAUGAACUUUCUUUUUAUAAAAGAUUUCGUUUAACGAAGGAUAUAACAGUUAAUAUUUUGGAGCAAAUCGAAAGCUCGCUUGAAUGUCCAUUAAACCGUAAUAAUUCAAUUGCUCCUAUUAACCAACUUUUGGUUGCUUUACGUUUUUUUGCUACUGGGAAUCACCUUCUGAGUAUAGCUGAUUUUGGAGGGAUGCAUGUAUCGACAGUAUCAAGAAUUGUUUUGCGAGUUUCAACUGCAUUAGCUAGACUUGGAGUAAAUUACAUAAAAUUUCCAGAGACCACAUCUGACAUUUUGAAAACUAAGCGAGAGUUCUUCGAUAUCGCAUCCUUUCCAAAUGUAAUCAGUGCCGUUGAUGGCACACAUGUGAGAAUUCAGUCUCCUGGUGGGCUUGAUGCAGAGGUUUUCCGCAAUAGAAAAAGUUAUUUUUCUGUAAAUGUACAAGCAGCUUGCAACGCAAAAAUGAUUUUUACAAAUGUGGUAGCUAGGUGGCCUGGAUCUACCCAUGACGCCACUAUUUUUAAUAACUCAAGUCUUAGAGCUGUUUUUGAAGGAGAUUCGUUUAUGAAUGUUGAUGGUUUCAUUUUAGGUGAUUCGGCCUAUCCACAAAAAACAUAUCUGAUGACACCACUCCUAAAUCCACGCACCUCAGCUGAGCAACUUUAUAAUGAAUCUCAAAUUCGUUCAAGAGGUGUUAUUGAGAAAGCGUUUGGAAUUCUCAAAAGAAGAUUUCCCGUUUUAGCUUAUGGUGUUCGACUAAAACUAAGUACUGUUUUAAGCAUAAUUGUUGCAACUUGUGUUUUACACAACAUAUUGCGGCAAAAUGGAAUAAUGGAUGAAUCACCUGAGAGUUUGGACUUCAGUGAAGAAGAUCUACAAAAUGCAAUUACUAGCGGACAAGUUGAUAACAUUCCAUAUAACAAUUCUAACUCAACGUCUAACAAUUCAGGAAUGCAGAAACGCUUACAUUUAAUUAAUAAUUAUUUCGCACGUCUGUAAAAAUGGUUAAGUUCUAAAUAAAAAUCAAAUUACAAAAAAUUGGCAAUAGUUUUUAGUUUCCGGGUUUUGUUUUCAUGAUAGAAUCACUGACCCAAUUAUGGAAUACACUCAUAUGUAGGUGUAUAAAGGCUGUUACCAUACCAUUUGUAAAUCUUCUCUGGGGUUUGAUUCAAAAAACAAAUUUCAAAAAAAUUAAAACAACUAUUUUAUUUUUAAUAAAUUAUGUUUAAU